GAGACCGGCACCGGCACCGGGAGCGGGACCGGGACCCGCCGCAGGGAGAGCGGGGGCUCCUGUGGGCUGCGCUUAAGCGUUGUGUUUUUAUUUCUGGGGCGCUGUGUCUCCGCGACACCGGCGCCUCUCACCCAGCGGGGGGAAGGCUGUGGAGAACUGGUUGUCUUUUCACGCGGGGGAAGCUCUCCCUAGCUUCGUUUCUUCUGCCCGUGCAAAAGGAGAAAAAGAAGGCUGUGGGUGCUGUGGAGAUGGGGAGGGUCCAUCUUCAGGGUUUGACGUGGAGUCCCACCGCUCAGUAAGAUGACAUAGCCAUGGCAGCUAAAAGUAGCAAACCCAAGUGUGGCAAAGGCAAAAGCUCCAAAAAGAAAGCAAAGAAGGUGGUGAAGGAAGUGGAUAUCCUCAGCCCAGCUGCCAUGCUCAACGCUUACUACAUCUGUCACAAUGCCCCUGCCUGCCUGGAGUUCCGGGGCUUUCCCUGGCCUGGGUCCCCCAAAAAGAAGGGGAAGAAAAAAAGUAGCCGGGUGGCUGGAAAGCAAAGGACUUAGUGAAAACCAGGCUGCCCAGUGAAGAAGAGACUUUUUUGUGGAUUAGACUUGUACUGACCUCUCCAGUGGUUAGCUCAAAUAUUUUGCCAUAAUCACUGUUGUGUCUGUACAAAGACACUCUUAUAGCUCAAGCAUAGAGUGACAAAUGGUAAGUGACACUGUGCCAUUGUAAUUUCAGCUGUGGCCCUUCACCCUCCAGUUCUGUGUGGAAUAAAGCAUUGCGCCUCAGCAGUCUGAAGGGUUUGUAGUGGGGUUUGCUUUACCCAUACCGCUGCUGUUCUUUUACGGAUGGGACAUGCACCCCCACAGCGUUGGUGUACCUCCAGCUGGUUUAACCAGCGCUGGUGGAAACUUGAGCUCAGAAAGGGGAUACCAUGGUAAGACUGACAGUGUUAAGGAUGAUUUCUAUAACAUUGGCUUAUCUGUCCGAGAGUCACCCAGUGCUCCCCCCCCUUGGGUCAACGGACCCCUGCGAUGCCAUCUGUGUAGCUGCGUGAUUCACCUCGUUCUGAAGAAAAUGGCUACAUUCGGUCAGACAAGCAGUACUUGAAGCUCCAGUGAAUUACCAGCAGCUCUCCUUUGGCUGUAGGUAAAAUCUAGACAUCUAGCUUGGAUGUUGUUAGUGAUGCUGUUAGACACAGUUAGAGGUGAUGAUGAACCCCCGCCCCCAGGUCUCCUCUUACAGUAAUCGGUCUUAGUCCAAACAUCCUGGCUGGACACCACAAGCUUUGUGUUACGAUUCAGUUUUUUCACUCCAUUUCCUCCAGAUGUAUUUAAUGCAGCCCUUGGUCAAUUGUGAAGCAGCAUGUCAAGUGAAGCUGUACAUCCCUCCCAGAUUCUUACGCUGACUGGAAGGAUGCAGUGGAAUGACUGCGAAGGGUGAGGAUGUGUCCUGAACUGUUGCAGGCUGUGGAGAGAUGGGAAGGAAUAAAAGAGGGCUGAAAUCUUGCAGGAGGAGUUGGGAAAAGAGAAUGCGCAAUGGGCUAGAGCUACUAUAAGGGGCGAUGUCCCAGUUCUCUAGGAUACCUGAGGGACUGUGAGCACGCAAGACUGCUCUCUACAGCAAGCAGCACUGUGACGUGCACAGGAAGUAUCACAUCAGAAUUUCAGUUGGUUUCUCAGGGCUGAACAUCUGCAGUGCCGGUCCAGCAGAGCAGCGAGCUGGAUCUCAAGGUCAUUUCUGAUUGACUUAACUGCAGGAGGAGGUGCAGCACCUUUCCAACUUGCAUGUAACUUUAUGUUAUGGAUAACAGAAGAGUCAAUUAUAAUGUGAUUGACCCAAACCAAUAAAGGCCUCUAAGGCUUUAUGCUGUUUCUCCAGCUUAAAAUGUUCCCUCUGUGAAGAGGUCUUCACCAGGUAAAAUCAUAGUUUUGUGGCAUUGCUUGUAGGCCAACUACUGUCAUGUAGGCUACUGCACUACUCCACUGUAUUUGUUUCAUCUACAUGUCAACAAAGUCAUGGUGGAUAUCGUUUCCUUGCUAAUUAGUCUGCAGUUGGCAUGUUCUGCUGAAUCAGAGAUAUGGUUUGCAGUACCAGUUUGUUGUAUGUUGUGCAUCAGCGUGUCUUCCUCACCAUUUACUCGUGUUCUUUCUUCCCCAUCACCCCACCAGGAAGUCUCUGGUCACAGCAUACACUUGCAACUAUUUCCUCCAAGUAUCAGCGUUCUAAAGCAAGAGAUGUCUUGCAACCUCUGCAUUUAGCAUCUGGAGCUAAAUGUUUAAAAAAAAAAAAAAAGUAAAAAAAAAAAAUUUCUUUUUUGUAUGAUAUAUUUACUACCCAGAGCUUUAAGGGACAGAUGUUUCUGAGUGCUGAGGUAGGAACUACUUAACAUCAUGGGGCAUCCCCCCACCAUCGCUGUCGGUUUGGGUCCCAGGGUCUGUUUGCAGGAGAAGUUGAAGAGCAGUACAAUCUCUUGCCAAGAUGAAGAACCCAGUUUAACAGCAAUUGCACGCAGAGCAGGUGUUUGGGGAAGUGACUUCCCUCUGGGCAACUUAUCUCCAGCUACCUAUCGCAGCAUCAUGUGCAGUUUCCUCUGAAGCAGCUGUUAUCUGACCAGGUGGGAGACAGCGUGCCACACAAGACAGGCAAGUGGUCUGAUCUGAUACAACGGUUACAAGUAGGAGAAGCCAUUUUUACAUCUAUGAUAGACUGGAGCUACAAUGAGUUAAAGACUCCAAAGCAAAAUUUUAGUAUGCAAAAAUUACUGCAACAAAUAAUGAAAUAUCAUUGUAUGUUUUCUGUUUAAAAAAAAAAAAAAUCUGAUUUCUGCAUGAUGCAGUUGAGCACAUCAGAUGGUGACCAACAAAGUGCAAAGGACAAAGACUCUGCUUUCUAGUGUAUCUGAAAAGUUGCCAUUCAUUUCUUUGACAACAGAUGAAAAAUGAGACACUUUUUUUUUUUUCUUUUUCCCUUUUACCUCUCUCAUGCCUUGAUCCAUCUCAGUUUUGCGUGUAAUUCAGGCUCCCCAGUUGUUAAUAAAGACCAACAGAUAUCUCUAAAGAAAAGUUUGGACUUCAAAUGGCUCGAUUCCCUAUUUGAAUGUGUUGCUUAAGAGUGCUGCAGGCUGUGCUGCUGACUUCUAAGGGAGAGUCUUUGGCUCAAGUGGAUGUGACUUUACAGGGAGUCUCUGCUGCUGUGGGAUGACACUUGCAGAUAUUUCUGUUUUAUCACAACCUGUGAGAGUUUGAUUCUGUGACGAGCUUUUCUGCCUGCUGGGGUACAGAACUUACAAGCUGAGUUUAUGAUGAAUAAAGCCUGUUCUGCUCAAAUCCACAAAGAAUCUUUUGAGGGGAAACUGCAAGCUGGAGAGGCCUUUUGCUUUAUGGGCAUAGUGCAAGGGAACUUCGCAGUGUUAUGUGCGUCAUCUCUUGCAGGGAGUUACAUUUUUCUAGUAUUAGGGCUUCCUUCGUUUUGCUGUUACCAAGCAGUCGUGCGCAGUGUGCUGCUUUGGGUACGCGAGGUUAACGUUUCCUGUAGGAAGUUGUAUACUAAAGCUCUGCUGUUUAAAAAUACACUGGAUGUUGAUGUGCAUGUUUGUGGGUGGGGCGCAGCGGUGGGGAGGGGAGAGUCACAGGACUGUUAUGUGAUGUGAUGGCUAUAUAUAUAUAAAAAGUUUAAAAAAAGAUAUUAUUCACCACAUUUGGUAUUAGAAAAUUUCAGGCUGUAUGUGAGCAGCUUCCCUUCUUUACUCUUUCCUUCAGUAAGCAUUUCUGUAUUGCCUGGUAUCUCCUAGCACAUUAUUUGCAUAUUAAGAAAAGCAUUGUGGAUCUUUAUGAUGCAUAAGAAAGGCUUGAGAAGUGGCAUGUACCCUUUUGUCUCAUUUCUUAUUUUAAGAAAUGCCCUGGCUAUUACUUCCCAACUUCAGGGGAGGAUAGCUGAGGACUCUUUUGCUCAUAAAUGGUAUCUCCAUGAUGAAGAGGUUGCUAUGGUGAAUUUUUAAAGAACUUUCAUCCAAAAGGCAUAUUAGAUGUUGGCAAUAAAUGGCACCAGCAGAAGUAAAUAAAAGUUUUCCGUAGGUUAA